AGCCCACCGUUCUUUCCGUUCUCCGCUACCGCUAGCUUCGUUCUCCGCUGCGGCAGCCGGCAAUCGCACGGCGGAAGCAAAACGAGGAAAAAAUGGGGAGCUCGCGGCGAGGGGAGGAGAAGGGACUCCCUGUUCCUCCUCCUCCUCCUCCCAACCCUGGUGGUGUCACUUCAAGACGGCAAAAGGAAGCAGCCAUGGAGAUCGAGGCCGUCGGGGCCGAUGGUUUGUGCCCUUUUCCCCUUAGCAUAGCUGUGUAUUAGUAACUCGUUCGUGUCCCUGCGGAACGGAAGAACUAUGGUUGGGUAGUAACAGCUUGUCGCAAGAUCUCCGGUUAUUGUUGCGGCGGCGCGGGGUCGGUGCCGUGGAUUUUCCAUUCGGGCCGCAAAGAGUCAAGAGUGUUCUUCCUGUAGGUGCGCCUUGUGAUUGGGCACAAGCACAACAGCGUCACCAUGGAUCUUUGUGUGAUUUGGUGGAGGUGGAAGCUAGGUUGGUUCUUGCAGUCACUCAAAGAAUGCCAAGGAGGAAACUGAGAAAAUGUAUUUUUGUGCUUGCAGUGUAACUGCUCUUUCUUGAAAUCAGAUCAGAUGCAUAUAUGUUUCACAAUAUCUAUCCAUUAUCUAAAAAAAAAAAAAGAACUGAUUCUGUCCAUGUAGAUUCAGGGGAAUACUAUUCUGAGAACUGCAUCCCAAAGUGCAUUGACUUGCCCUUAAUUAACCUCCGAAUAUGCAGCUUCAGCUUGUUUGGUUUUAUUCAUCAAUCUUGUUUGGAGAUGUAUGUGUGCUUUCGGUCUUCACCAAACUCCAGGAUGAUAAUCCAACUCGACUUUAAUUAAAACAAGGACAAUCAAAAAGAAUGCUUGGUAGUUGAGGACUCGAAGCUCCCAUGGAGAUAGGUUUUUAUGGUGGUGAUGGAGGAUGACCCAAUCAUUUCCCCCAAGUCAAGCCAAAAGAAAGUAAUGAGAGGUGAGGAAGCUCAGAAGUACAAGGCAAUGACCACAACGAAGCAUGAUAUCUUCCUGGAUUCAUUUCUCCCAGCUGGAUCUUACAAGAAGCUAUACAGUUACACCCACCUUCUCAAUGGCUUUGCUAUCUAUGCAAAAUCUGAAAAGGCAAUUAAAACUCUUAGUGGAGCAAAAGGAGUUAGACUCAUCCAAGAAGAUAUAAAAAUGGCCAAGAUGACCACAUACACUCCGAGGUACAUUGGAGCUAAUGUAGUCUGGCCGCUCCUCGGUGGUGCCGAGAAGGCUGGUGACGGAGUAGUCAUUGGCAUGGUAGAUACUGGCAUUGACCCCAGCAACCCAAGCUUUUUAAGCACAUCGGACCAAGCAAAACCACCACCGGCCAGUUUCAAAGGAACAUGUCAAACUGGCGAAAGAUUUCCUCCAGAUUCAUGCAAUGGUAAGAUUGUUGGAGCUAGGUGGUUUGCACGUGCUGGUCAAGCAACUGGAGAGUUCAAUGCUACAAUGCACUAUGCAUCUCCUUACGAUCCUGAUGGCCAUGGCAGCCACACAGCGUCCACUGCAGCUGGCAAUUUUCAUACGCCAGCAAUAUCAAAGGGCUACAACUUUGGGCAUGCAAGUGGCGUAGCACCUGGAGCUCAUCUUGCAAUCUACAAAGCUGCCUAUUCUUUUGGUGGAUACAUGUCAGAUGUUAUAGCUGCAGUUGACAAGGCUGUAGAAGAUGGCGUCGAUAUUAUCAGUCUUUCACUGGGACCAACUACUAUUACAUCUGGGCCAGCAUCAUUCCUCAAUUUGCUCGAGACACAACUUCUCCUUGCCACCAAGGCUGGGAUCUCAGUUGUUCAAGCAGUUGGCAAUGGAGGCCCUGAUGCAAACUCAGUAGUUUCGUUCAGCCCAUGGAUAACAAGUGUUGGGGCAUCCACAACUGACAGGAAGUAUAACAAAUCAAUUAUAAUUGGAAAUGGGCAAGUCUUCUCUUGCGGCGGCCUAUCACCAUCGACACCAGGCGAGACCAUGUACCCUCUAGCAUUGGCUGAUGAUGUGUGCAACACGAAUUCAACUGGUGGAUCUUCCAACUGCCAAGAUCCGGAUGUCUUCAUAAGAUCUCUUGUCCAGGGGAAGGUGAUUAUUUGCAUGUUUGUGUCGUCAAACUACUACGAAGGCGACUUCCUUGCUGGCAUUGUCGAUACGAUUCAGAAAAUUGGUGCUGCCGGAGUUAUCAUCACUGACCGUUCUUCGAGUGACUCCGACAUUGAAUAUCAUCCCACAUUUCCGACGUCAAUCCCUUCAGCCAUAGUUGUGAACAGUGCUGAUGCACAGGCUCUAUUGGAGUACUACGACGACAACUUGGUCCGAGACAAGGAAGGAAGUGUCACCAAGUUCGGCGCAACCAUCCGAAUUCUGGAUGGACGGCGAGCAAUCUACACCAGGGAGGCGCCCGUCGUCGCCGAGUACUCGUCGAGGGGCCCGGACGUCGACGACAUGCAGAUGCAGGCGGCGGACGUGCUGAAGCCGAACGUCAUGGCGCCGGGCCAUCACAUCUGGGGAGCCUGGAGCCCGACGAGCGACGCCAUGGUCGAGUUCCAGGGCGAGAGCUACGCGAUGCUGUCCGGCACGAGCAUGGCCACCCCGCACGUCGCCGGUGUGGUGGCCCUGAUCAGGCAGAGGCACCCCAAGUGGAGCCCCGCCAUGGUCAUGUCGGCGAUCAUGACCACCGCCGACGUCACCGACCGCUCCGGGAGGCCCCUGAUGGCGCGGCGUGACGGGGGCGUCCUGGAGCGCGCGACGCCGUUCGACAUGGGCGCCGGGGCCAUCAACGCGGCGCGCGCCGUCGACCCGGGCCUGGUGUUCGACGCCGGGUACCGGGACUACCUCCAGUUCCUGUGCGCCGUGCCUGGCGUGGACGACGCCGCGGUGCUCCGCGCGGUGGGCGUGCCCUGCCCGCCGUCGCGGGCGCGGUGGUGCUCGGACCUGAACGCGCCGAGCGUGACGGUGGCGAGCCUGGUGGGGUCGCGGCGGGUGGACCGGCGGGUGACGAGCGUGGGCGCGGAGAACGAGACGUACAUGGCGCACGUGCAGGCGCCCGACGGCGUGGCGGUGCGCGUGUCGCCGGACACGUUCGCCGUCGCCCCCGGCGCGACGGCCACGCUGAGGAUCGUGCUCAACACCACCGCGCCGGGGAACACCUUCAGCUUCGGCGAGGUGGUCCUCAGGGGCGACAAGAAGCACACCGUGAGGAUCCCCCUCGCUGUCUUCCCCGCCGCGGCGUUGAGCCCGUGAAGCCCCGAACAGGGAUAGUCCUGGUAUAUACAAAUAUUACUUACGUAUACGUAUGCGAGCGGAUGGAGUUGUACGAUGAAUGAAUAACAUGUAUACAUACACUAUACUCGUGUUCGAGCAAACAAGAAUACGAGCCAUGUAUCGUAUAAUCGGAUAUUAUGGGCCGCAACGGACCAACCGGACUGUGCCCCUGCUGGGUUAUUCCUCUAGUUGGGCCGGAGCACGGAGGAGAGCUGGUCAGCCAUAAUGGGCUUUCGUUCUGAUGCAAAGCAACGGCCUCUGCUAACUUCGGCUUGUCGAGCAUCUCUAGCAGCUUUUGCCAGAUGCCAGACUACCAUGGACGGGUUUGACUGUGGCUUCUCUUUUUAAUUUUUUUGAUUUGAUGUGUCCAGUGAUCUAAUGAUUGUUUAGCAUUCUUAACGAUGAUAUUAACUAGAAGCAUACGCCAUUUACGG